AUGGCCGAUUCCUUGAAACGAAAAUCUCAGACUCUUGACUCUCAGAUUUCAAGGACAACUAAAAUGACACAUUUCAGUGCUUCUCCAUCGACCAUAGAAUCACUCCCGAAUGAUUUAUUGAUCGAAAUUCUGGCAAAAGUUGCAGCUUAUUCAAUCAAGGACUUAGUCCAUGCCAAGUUAGCUAACAAGGAAUUUCUCAAAGCAUCAAACCACAACUACAUAUUCCAACACGCAUCCACUGGAAACUUCCGUACUCUUCGAUGGAACAUCGACCCAGAAUUUUGGUCAUUCAUGGGAAAAUGCGUCAACAACGGAAACCCAGAGGCCUUAUACCGAUCGGGAAUGUUGGAGUUCUUCUCCCAGUGUAGAGAAGCUAAUGGAAUGAAAUAUUUAAAGCUUUCUGCCCAAAAAGACUACCUGGAAGCUUGUUAUGUAUACGGCAUCAUUUUGUACACAAAGAAUUUGGAGGACGAGGGAGUUAAGUUCUUGAAGAUUUGUGAGGAAAAAUUAGGGUUUAAAAUGGCUCAUUGUCGUCAGAAAGUUAAGGAAUUUGUUUAUUAUCUUUGGAUCAGGAACAAGAUUUCUUUGUCGAAAAAGGAUUCCAGUAGUGAUCGGAGGGGCUCUAAGAGUGUGGUUAAGAAUUGUUGUAAGAAGAACAAGAAGCUGAGAAGAAUUGGAUGGAAUUGGAUUUAUGAUGAUUAUUAUGGAGACCGAACGUGCGAAGCGUGUAAAUGGACAGAGGAAGUUCUGAAAUUUUGUAAUAUGAUUAGUCGUGAGAAUCAAAGAAGUGAGAGAAGAGAGAGUCGUGAUAUUCUAUUAGGACCUUUUUAA